GCUGAUUUCAGUCUGGCGUGUCUUUUCGGAUACCGGCUUAUUGAGAUUUUUGGCAGUGAGACUGACACGAAGGUGACGGAUUCGAGCGGUGACACUGUAGUGAUCAAACACAGCAGUCUGACUAGUGUAUUCCGCUCCGAAAAUACUUGACACGACAGCGGUGUGGUGAGCAGAAUUUAUUUUAGAGUUACAAAACACAAUGGCUCAUAAUGGACAUGCAGUAAAUAGCGCCCUAAACGGUGUUAACGGUAUGACGAAUGGUAAAAUGAACGGUUUCACUAAUGGACUGCUUAUCAAUCAAAAUGGCUACCAGGAGAAUGAUAACAAGACCCAUGUGUUAGUAACUGGCGGAGCUGGCUACUUGGGAUCAACGCUGGUACCAAUGCUACUAAGAGAUGGCUACAAGGUGACUGUUUAUGAUAUUUUUCGCUGGGGCAUAAACUCUUUAUUGCCGCUUGCAGGUGACCCCAAUUUACAUAUAAUCAAGGGGGAUGUUUGUGACGAGGCACAUUUGGUUAAAGUCAUGGAGAAUGUUGAUGUGAUCAUUCACUUGGCUGCUGUAGUUGGGUAUCCGGCAUGCGACAAAGAACCCGAUAAAGCCUGUGCAAUCAACGUGGGCGCCACGGAGACCAUAACCAAGAACCUGCAAUCUUAUCAGAAACUGAUAUAUGCUUCUACAGGGUCUUGUUAUGGAGCCGUUGAUGGAAUCUGCUCAGAAGAUACACCGAUCUGCCCACUUACCUUAUAUGGUAGCACAAAAGCUAAAGGAGAAGAGCUAGUGUGUAAUGUUGGUGGUGUUGGCCUCCGACUUGCAACUGUGUUUGGCGUUGCCCCUCGCAUGCGCUUGGAUCUGCUCGUUAAUGACUUAACACACAAAGGACUGAAUUUGAAGCAUUUCGAUCUUUACCAAGGCAGUUAUCGCCGUACAUUCCUGCAUGUAAAGGACGCUGCCCGAUGCUUUAUACUGGCCCUUGAAAAUUACGACAAAAUGAGUGGCAAUGCAUAUAACGUUGGACACGAAAGUAUGAAUAUGACAAAAUCCGACAUUGCACACUUGAUACAGAAGAGCGUCAAGGGAUGCAGGAUCACCGAAUCAAAAAAUGGGGAGGAUAAAGACAAGCGUGACUACGAGGUAUCUUAUGAGAAGAUCCGUAAGAUCGGCUUCAGUACUACGUUGACAGUUCAAGAUGGCAUCAACGAACUCUUAAAAAUUCUACCGCACAUGAGCGAAGCUGAUGUUAUACGCUCAAAAAAUGUUUAA